AUGGCAUCUCCCAUUGUAGAAACAAAGCCAACAUUAUGGUUGAGUUACUUCUUUCUUUACGAUGGUUCAAAAGUGAAAGAGGAAGGUGACCCCACAAGGGCUGGAAUUAAUUACUUUUACCCCCCUCAGACAUGUAUUGACCAGCAAGAGUUACUGUGUGGACAGAUUGCUGGGGUUGUUCGCUGCAUGACCGAAAUUUCAAAGUCUCCUCCGAACCUCAUCAGGCUGCGGAAGCUGAAAUUUGCUAUUCAGGUUCAUGGCGAGUAUUUGUGGGCACUUGGAUGCUCAGUGGAUGUUGCUGAUGUCAGCUGCAAGUGUUUUCUGGAGGAUCUUGUUGGGCUCUUCCGGCUCUAUAAUGGACCCUUAUGGCAUGCUUAUCAGGUCCGUUCUCAGGCAGAGCUGAGCGAGGAAUGGAACCUUUACCUGGAACACAUGCAGAACACUCCUGAGUUACACCGAAUCUUCAACUCCCUCAGCCAUGUGGACAAAACCAAAGUGGAUCCGCUUCUUUUACUGAAGGCUGCACUCAUUCUGCAGACUUGUCAGCGCUUCCCUCAUGUCCUGGCUGGCUGCAUUAUGUAUAACAAUCGGAUAGUGAGUACACAGCUGCCUCCUUCUUUGACUUCCAGGAUUCUAAUACAGAGACUUAUACAAGCUUCACCACCAGCAUGCAGCUAUCAAAGUCCUGAUGCUUUCUUACCACAAGAUGUCUACAUGAUUCCAGUAUAUCUAAUGGAAAAGGAAGCGACAGCACUGCGGCAGUACCCUGUCCAGUGGAUGACCAGAAUACCAAGUUUUUCAAGGAGAACAUCUAGCAUGUCCCACAGCCUCAGUGAAGAAGCACAGAUCAAUCAGUCGCAUAUUUCAGACACAGACUUCCUAGACGAAGAACAAAUGCAGGAGGAAUCUUCUUUGACAAUGACUAAUCUUUUAGAGGACUCUGUGGGGAUUGUCACUAGUGAACAGGAGAGUGUUAUCUCAGAAACAGAGUUUGUCAGUACUACGGUGCCUACUGCGAUACAAGGCUCCUCUCCAGUACAUUGUACACAUCAUACAGGUGAUAAAAUAGAGCAAGAGUCUAUAAAAGUAGGUGACCCUGACAAUGUAUUCAUUGAUACCAAUCUGGAAAAUGUUCCUCAGGUGGCUUUUGGUGACCAACCAGGGCAUUUAUCACAAAGAGAUUUUGAUCUCAGAAGUGGCUUCUUGUCCACAGGAAGUUAUGUAACAUGUUAUUCUACAGAUAAUUUGGAGAAGAGCAGCCCUGAAUCAGACAUCUCCAACCUUGAGGACAGCACUGACACAGUGAAAGCACAAGUUACAGAAGGCCAUAAAGAGCCUCCAACUAUGGAAAAUUCUCCUGAAGACCAUCAAGCACAUUUACUUAGUACAGUUGUGAGUUCAACAGAAUUAUUGGACAUUACAGAAAGUGACACCCAUGUCACUAAAAAGGGUAGCACAGAAAUAAUUACACAACUGAAUGAAAUCAGAAGUAAUCAGAACAAUCUGUCACACAGAACCUCUAGUAUCACAGACUGGACGUUAACACUGGACUCCAAUCCAUCAAUCAGCAGCCCCAAACUGGUUAAGAUGGUUUUAUAUGUCCAUAAUGUGAAUGGCUUAGUUCUAUCAUUAAUAGCGGAAAAUUAUUUCAAAAACAUCAAGGAAUCCAUUCAGGAUGUGUAUGACAGCACUUUGGCUUCUCUGAAUGGCUUAGAAGUUCAUCUGAAGGAGACUUUAACCCAGGACAGUAACAAUGUGGCAAAAACCACUUACAACUUUACCCACUAUGAUUCAAUCCAGAAUAUUCUCACAGCUAAUCUUCCAUCUUCAUCAAACACUCAAGACCGCCAGUUACUUCGAGCUGCCAACCUGAUCCAUGCUGACUUUAGUGCACAUCCUUCUCUGCUGGAGGUUACCAUAAGAAAUGGCUCUUCCGCUGUCUAUGGUUGCCAGAGCAGUGUCCACGAGACUUUCUUCCAGCAACUGGCACCUCCCUUCCGGAACUCUGGAGGUCCAGAUUCCCAGGACACUGCUUUCAUGUUACACAACAAAGCCAAGCAGAAGCUGCUGAAAUAUGGGCUUAACCUGCUGUAA